GAGAGGGAGAAAAAGAGAGUGAUACAGAGGGCUUGUUCAGUGCCUUCGUUAGCAGAUGAAGCGACACUGCUGUGAUCUGCACUGCUGACUCAUCACGUGAUUACAAUCAUUUGACCAAUGGGAGGCGAAAUCGAAUCCAGGGCGUGUCUAAAACUCUCAAGUCGCAACUCUUAUAACUCUGGUCGACCAACUUGGUCUCACCACUUUUCCUCGAUAUCGGGGCAGAAACGCACGUACUUUGGAAGAAGAAAUAUCCACGAACUUCGUAAGGAUGAUUUCAACCCUGUUCCUCUUUGCCGCGCUGGCUGUUGGAGCACACGCAGGUCUAUGGGCGGGGUUCGCUCCCUGUGAUUAUGCUGAUCAAGGCAUUGCGGCCCCCCAAAAUGGCCGAAUUGUGGGGGUGUUUACAGCCAAAAGUGAAAGCAGUCAGGUGAGUCAUGGUGACGUCCACAGUGUUGAAUACGAACAAUUCCUCGGCAUGGCGUGUGAUGAUGGAUAUACGGAGAAAGGGGAUAGAUACCUCCUGUGUGGGUACGAUCCUGAUACAGCGAAGACUGCUUAUCUUGCUCACGAUCUAUUACGCAUACUUGAAUGUAAAG